UUAGUCCCAAUUUGCUACGACAUUUUCGUUUACUUAUAUGUGAAUAAGGUUCAAAGAGAGUGCUCAUUGAUUUAAUUUAGUGCUGAAAAUAGUAAUGAUGGACAAAAUUAAAAAGAACUCGUAUGAGACAGUUGCAAGUGAUGAAGAUAAAAAAGCUGAUCUUAUCCCAUUAAAAUAUGGCUAUGGCAUACGCCAUAUACAGGUACUGCUCAUCUUCUGCAGUCUGUGUGUCAACUUCAUUGCUCGGGCUCAUCUCAGUGUUACCAUAGUCGCUAUGACCGAUAUCCCUAAAAAAAACAAUAACAUCGUAUUUAAUACCACUAUUCGUGAAAACUUUAGAACUUUUAGUGAAUUUGGCUUAAAAAAUGCCAGUGAUAAUAGUCAAAUUACAGACGUUAAAAAUGAUACAAUACUAGAUUUAUAUAAAGCCAAUUCUAAUGGAUUGGUAACAGAAACAGACGCUCUAGAUGCUGUGAAUAAACUUAAUAAGUCCAAUGAUGAUAUUAUAUUAGAGUUAACAAAUGUGAACAGCACAUUAAAUGAAGAAAUGCACAAUGAUGCAAACCUCAAUCUCAGUAUUUGGAAUAUUUACAGGAAAUAUUCAUGGUCAAAAGCAAUUCAAGAGAUGGUAUUAGGCUCCUUUUUUCUUGGCUACAUGAUAAUGAUGUCACCGAUGGGUCUCAUCUGCCAGCGCUGGGGAGGCAAGUUACCACUGCAAAUUGGUCUAACUGUCAGUGGUGUUAUUGCUUUCUUAACUCCGUGGUUGGCUGCUUGGGGCGGUUGGAAAGCUGUGUGCGCAUCUCGAAUAGCCACGGGAUUGGCUCAAGCAGGCACUUAUCCCGGGACUAACACGCUCGUUGCAAAGUGGGUACCAUUGAGUGAAAGAGGAAGACUUGGGACUUAUGUUUAUAUCGGAUCCAUGAUUGGAGCAGUUCUAGCGUUUCAAUUAGGUGGUUUCCUAGCUGAGUCUCCACUAGACUGGCCGUCAACGUUCUGGGUCACAGGCGGCCUUUGCAUUACAAUGGCUAUCCUAAUGACUGUCUUCGGAGCUGCGUCGCCACAACAGCACAAAUCUAUUACAGAUCUAGAAAGAAAUUUCAUAUUAGGUCGAGUGUGUACUGGUAUUGAAAAGGAUAUAACUCGCUGGAGUAUAGUUUCCCACGAUUUGCAUAAUGAGUUGUGUCGACUCUUUGCCCCCGUCAACUACCACCGCAUUAGAAGACACCAGUUGAUGGCCACCGCAUGGAGCCGAACCGUAGCGCGCGCUAAAUCACCCAUACCGCGCUCCCUGUGCGCGCUCAACUCUCUCCUCGCCACCAACCCUGAAUGCGACUUGCUUGCGGACGGAUGGUCACUGUUAUUGUUAAGAUGCCUAUGCUAUUGUGAAGGCGAUGCUUGA